GGUCGCGACAGUGGCAGACUAGAGGAGAGCCUGGCACUAUGCAAGAAAAGCAACGGGAGUGCAAAGAGCGCGGUUGGGGUGACUGGGGACAUCACGGAGACCGAGACGAGGAAGAAACUGCUGGAUAAGGCAAUCCACACCUUCGGAAAGAUCGAUAUUCUCAUUUUCAGCGCGGCGACUGCAACUCCCAACAAAGGCAUUGUGGACGAGACAGAGGAAAGUUUUGAUGUCCAGAUGACCUUGAAUGUGCGCUCACCCUUCUUCCUGGUGCAGAGCGCCGUGCCGUACCUGGAGAAGACAAAGGGCAACGUGGUGUUAGUCUCCUCCACCGUGGCGUACGUGCCACAAGCCUUCAUGACCGUCUACGCCAUGUCCAAGCACGCUCUGGACCACAUGACCAAAUGCUUGGCGCUGGAGCUGGGGCCCAAAGGUAUCAGAGUGAAUACAACUAAUCCUACGAUCACCCCAACACGCGCGCUGAGAAAACACGAUGAGGUCUAUGGGUGUGAUUUCAUGGAAUUCGCCCAAAAAUACAACGCUACCUUACACCCUCUCUACAG